GUUUUCCAAGAACCACCUUUCACCCGCCUAACCUCGAACCGUCCACCCUCGGCAGAUCAUCCCUGAUCAUCGUCACCCCUGUAAACUCGGUUUCUCUCACACAUCGAGAUACAAGUCCGUCACUCGAGUGCUACCCCCACCUCGCGCAGCUCGAUCUAUUCCCGUCUCGCUCGCUCUCCUCUCGCGCAGGGCUUCUGCUAUACAGGCGCAUCGCGAGCCAGUCAGCGUAGGAUUCCUUCGCGAGAGCAGCAGCAGCAGUCUUGGUAACAGAGGCUAGCCAGUUCGCGAUCCUCGGCUCAUCAGCAGAAAGAGAGAGAGUUACCGAGACCCCCAGGAUGUACUCGAAGACGAUGGGGGCCCAACAGGCCCAGAAGGAGCACGUCCUCGCCGUCUCCCGCGACUUCAUCGCCCAGCCCCGUCUCACUUACAAGACGGUAUCUGGUGUAAACGGACCUCUGGUCAUCUUGGAUGAAGUGAAAUUUCCCAAGUUCGCUGAGAUUGUCCAGCUGAGGCUUGCUGAUGGCUCGAUACGUUCUGGUCAGGUUUUGGAAGUCUCUGGCUCCAAGGCUGUUGUCCAGGUCUUCGAGGGAACAUCUGGCAUUGAUGCCAAAAACACUCACUGUGAAUUCACUGGUGACAUUUUGCGUACCCCUGUAUCUGAAGAUAUGUUGGGUAGAGUGUUCAACGGCUCCGGAAAACCCAUUGACAAGGGACCCCCAAUCUUGGCCGAGGACUACCUUGACAUCCAGGGUCAGCCCAUCAACCCCUGGUCUCGUAUUUACCCUGAGGAGAUGAUCCAAACUGGUCUCUCUGCCAUUGACGUGAUGAACUCCAUUGCUAGAGGACAAAAGAUUCCCAUUUUCUCGGCUGCUGGUCUGCCGCACAAUGAGAUUGCCGCCCAAAUUUGUCGUCAAGCUGGUCUUGUCAAGGUACCAGGCAAGUCUGUCUUGGAUUCGCACGAGGACAACUUCGCCAUCGUCUUCGCCGCUAUGGGUGUCAACAUGGAAACCGCUCGUUUCUUCAAGCAGGAUUUCGAGGAAAACGGCUCCAUGGAGAACGUGUGCUUGUUCUUGAACUUGGCCAACGACCCGACCAUCGAGCGUAUCAUUACCCCACGUCUUGCCCUUACGGCCGCCGAGUUCCUUGCCUACCAGUGCGAGAAGCACGUCCUUGUCAUCCUUACCGACAUGUCCUCCUACGCCGAGGCUCUUCGAGAGGUCUCAGCUGCCCGUGAGGAGGUACCCGGACGACGAGGUUUCCCAGGUUACAUGUACACUGAUUUGGCCACCAUCUACGAACGUGCUGGACGUGUUGAGGGCAGAAACGGUUCAAUUACCCAGAUUCCCAUCUUGACUAUGCCCAACGACGAUAUUACUCACCCUAUCCCCGAUUUGACCGGUUACAUUACUGAGGGUCAAAUCUACGUCGACCGUCAGCUCCACAAUAGGCAGAUCUAUCCACCAAUCAACGUAUUGCCCUCCUUGUCCCGUCUCAUGAAGUCUGCUAUCGGUGAGGGCAUGACGCGUAAGGAUCACUCUGAUGUGUCUAACCAGCUGUAUGCUUGCUACGCUAUCGGUAAGGACGUGCAGGCCAUGAAAGCCGUCGUCGGUGAGGAGGCUCUCACUCCCGACGAUCUUCUGUACCUUGAGUUCUUGUCCAAGUUCGAGAAGAACUUCAUCUCUCAGGGCUCUUACGAGAACCGUACCGUCUUCGAAUCGCUCGACAUCGGCUGGCAGCUGCUCCGUAUCUUCCCCAAGGAGAUGCUUAAGCGAAUUCCCGCCAACACCCUGGCUGAAUUCUACCCCAGGGAUUCACGCCACUAAAGCGUCAACGAACAACUGCACCCAGCAUCUUCGUAGUUUUUCAAUGACAAAAACAUACGCAGACGCAGCCUAACGUGACUCAUGGAGAGAAGUAUGUUUAUGUAACGUUAUGUUUUACUGUAUAUUAUAAAUUUAGGAUCAUCGCAGUGAAAUGAAUAUAACGAUUUUUUCGAUUCAAAUUUGUGUUUGGGAAAGGGUAAGACCGUUUCCACCGAUUCAAACAAGGAUAAACAAAAACAACGCACCGAGCUCUUUUUUUUGUUCGGAAAUUCAUAUUGUAAACGAAUAUUUUUCUGCACAUUGUCGCUGAAACAACUGGCACGAAGAUGCUCUCGGGGUGUUUCUAGGAGUCGACGCCAAGGCCGUGUUCAAAAAUUUACCAUCCGUUAAUUGGAAGAUAACUUCGUGAAAUACCUCCAUGCUCUUACGUCAAGUUGUAUUAGUGUCUAAUAGCGUAAGGACAUGGGUACUUGUUUGUCUGUAGAGUAACGUCAUCGUUUUCUUGCUUUUAACAAUUUAACACAUGUCGGCAGAGCAUUUAUAGUUCGUGUGCUUGCGUUCUGUAAAUACUUUGUCGAAUAACGAAAGUACGUCAUGAAUAGAGAAAAAUGCCCAUGUCUUAUUGCAACUUGUUAUAUAUCAGUCAGUAUUACAGUAUGAAGGAAAAUCAAGUGCGUCCAACUCUAUUUCGACACGUUACGUUGUUUACCCUACAUUCCAAGAGCAAAAUUAAUGCUAAAACUUUAUUUAGGAAAAAACGUUGAUAAAAUAAUAACGCCCGAGUUUCACACAUGUACAGUCUUAGAAACAAUAUUAUAUGCAGGUCUGUAGUGGAAGGAACAAAAAAAAAAGAUUUUUUAUGAAUUGUAAAUGUUAAAGUAAUUGUAACAUUGAUCAAACCCAAAUCGACUGUACGAGUUUGCAAUGUGUCGAUAAUCUAUUGUUGAGGCCCGUUAUUCGGACGAGAAAACAAAUUAAUUCAUCAUCGUACUAUUAGAUUCAGAUUAUUAUAUACGAUUAGAAAUUGGUGAACAUGAUUGCUUGUUUCAUUCUGAAAGGUUGACAUUUUCUCGAUGUUAAAUUAAGAAAUGUGAAUAUAUUAUAACUGUAUAAAAAAAAAGAAAUAAUGAAUUUAUCUCCUACUUGUUUCCUUCUUAGUCGUAAUAUUCCUCAAACUUCUUUAACACACGUUUUAGUGUAAAAAUUAAUUGUUGCGCCAUUGUUGCUGUCAUAUCGCAUUAUAAAAGCCGUUAUUAAUGUGGCAUAAUAAGUUUCUCCGUUAAACUGACGGACUCGGCUAAAGGAUUGUAAAGUUAUGAAACAUAAGAAAAGUUAUGUCAUUCUUGAAAAAUUAAAUAAAAUCAAUAAAGGGAUUAUACGAUUGUAACGUGGUCAUUUUGUCACGAAUUUCGACGCUACCGUACGUACACGAAGCCAGGAAUUCAAUUAUUUUUUUUUAAGAUUGUAAUAUUCUGUAAUCUUUAUUUCUUACUUAAGAAAUGCUUGAUUUUAUUCCGUUAUUUUUGUAUAAUUUUAAGGCGUAGCAAUAUUAUGUUUGAUGAAACAAAAAAAAAUGUAUUGUGCAUAGGAAAAAAGUGAUUGUUCGAUUUGAAAUAAAAUAUUUUAUUCGAA